AUGGCCGGUGUGAGGCGACUGCUCCCUUCUCUGAACCGCGUGCUUGUGGAGAAGGUCGUGCCCCCCACCAAGACCAACGCCGGAAUCCUCCUUCCGGAGAAGACUACCAAGGUACGUACGCUCAUUUGAUCCCGUUGAUUCCAAGCUGACGAGGUUUGUCUUCCAGAUAAUUACUUGGACCUAAAAUAGAUGGAUAUUUCUGAUGAUCACAUAUCUACCUUCAAGGGGUUUAGUUGGAGGGGGGAUGUGGGUUCCACUUUUUUUUUUUCAAGGUUUUUCCCUCUUUUUCCCGUCUUGCUCCCUUUAUUAUGACGCCGAGCGUGAUUAUCCUUUUCAUUUCCCAUUUUUUUGGUUGGAUUUGAUCCGACUUCAUAAUAUAUCACUGAAUAAGUAUUUAUGCAAACUGGAGUAUCCAUUUAUGAUGGUCUCGGCUCUUACACAAACCUGACUUGUCAAUGGGUAUCCAUGUAUGGUAAUUGGCCUUGAGAAAAUUCUCACUGAAUGUUUUUUUGGUAGUAUAAUGCAGCCUAUAUUUGGGAAAAAUCGAGCUCAGACUUCAGGGUGGGCAUGUUCGACGUUGACGGUUAUGCACAAGACCAAAAGCUGAAAACAUAUGAUAAAUUCAGACCACGUAGUUUCAACUCGUAGUUGAAUAUCCUGUAUGAUUUGAAAAUACAACACAAGCAUGCAUGUGCAUUCAACCCACUUUAAGUGCUGAUUUCCGUCAAUUGUGUAUGGUCGGUAUGGAUCGAAGAGGUUUUUGCGUCUGUUCACUCUGUUAGUUUUACAUUAUCAUUUUAUGCCACUUUAGAGCAUAAUGGAAGACAUUGGUUUAUUUUUGGAGUUUGAAUACUUCAUGACCUCUUUGUUCCUGAGAACCUCGUCAGUGCAUUUGAAGAGUCUUUUGGGCUUUUUGACAUGAAUAAUAUAUCUUCAUCUGUUUAAAUUAAAAUGUAUGUUAGUUUCACAGCCUCAUCUCCCGUGCAUAUGCAUUUCAUGAACUGUUUAUGUAGGUGAUAGAAAUAAAUUUAUCAACCAUGAGGCCUCCCUGAGUCCAAACAGGUGUUUGGAUGGAGUUGUUGUGGAUUCAUAAGGAAACCGACAGAUUUGUUAAAGUUCAGAACCUAGUUCUACAAAAUUUAAUAUCCUAGUUAUUUGGAUAGUUGAGAUCCCCCUUUUCCUACAUUCACUGAUUAUUGUCUUAAAUCGAAUAAAUAUGGAAAAAAGAAAAAAAACCGUAUAAGGCACGUGUUAGGUGGUACAUUAUUUUGGAAAGAUGUCAUUUUUACCAUUACAACGUUUACUGAAAUUUGAUAUUUUCUUGAACAAUCCAGCUAAUAUUAUGGUAAGUGUGUUGCUUAAAAAAUAUUAUGAUGCUUCACUGCUUGAACCGUAAAUAUUAUGUAGCAAAGCGAAAUCUCGAUACACUCCAGUUCAAUUGGUCCAAGCUUUGCUGCUGAUUAUAUACCUAGGAUAUCAUUCAUUCUUUCGUUGUCAGUCAUCAGCUUGGUUCAUUUAUUUUAGCAGUUGGAGCAUUUUGUGUGUAUAAUUCUUGGCUCAAUAAUGGUUGCCUUGUUUCAUCCCUCCAAAAUACUUACUCUUCCUUUUAAAAUGAUCAAGUUUUCUUCGGGUUCCCAAAGCUUAUAUUUUCUUAGUUUUUUAUUUCUAUUUUUUAAAAAAAGCCCAUCUUUUUUGAACGCUUCUGUAUGCCCCUCAUUAUGAGUUUGGAUUGAUUACCUGCUGUUCUCAGGGAAACUGUUGAUCUUCCAGCCUAGGUUCCUGUUAAAGCUUAAGCAGACUAAUUUUUCAUUGCAGACAGUCUUGUCUCACUCUUUUUCUUCUGUUCACUUCUCUCGUUAAGGAAGAUUUGAGUUACUCUUCUUCUGUGUGUUUUAAUCAGUUGAACAGCGGCAAGGUCGUAGCAGUGGGUCCUGGUGCUCGUGAUAGAAAUGGAAAUCUCAUCCCCGUCCCAUUCAAGGAAGGAGAUCAUGUUCUUCUCCCUGAGUAUGGGGGCACUGAAGUGAAACUCAGCGACAAAGAGUAUGCUCUUCUGAUUUCUUCCCAGGAUUAAUGUAGCUUUAUUUUUGGGUUAGUACUGCAUCCGAAUGGCUUCCCUUGUCAUAUUUCAUCUUACUUCCGAAAUCAUGAUCAUUUUCAGAAGCAAUCUUCAUUUAAUAUUCUGGGUCAUUGUCUGUUCUCAAUGUCUUCUCAUCUCAUUGUGCACCAAAUCAUGCUCAUUUUCGGAAGUACCCUUCAUUUAAAACUAUGGGUUAUUUUUAAUUCCAAAUUUUUCCCCUGCUAUGCAGCAUGAUAUUGGUCCUAGGUAAUGGUGUUUUACUAGGUUGUGUUAUUAAAAUGAGAAGGUUUUCUAUCAGAGUUCAUCUUGGCUUAUUGCAUCUACUGAUCCUCUGUCUCCCAAGAUAAUAGUUUCCAGUGGCAAUUGCCUUUCAAUGCUGAUAGCAUGGUGUUCUUUCUAUGGUUUUCAGCUAAACUCAAAUCUUGACUUCUCUCAGUGGUGAUGCCUGGACGACACUCAGAAUUGGGCUGUAAUCAUUAUGAGCUGAUCCCUUCUUUUCCGUUCUUCAAUUCCAUCUUGAAUGGUUUAAAGAGCCAUCAAAUCAGUUUAAGUGAACCAAUUUAGGGUCCUGAGUUGACCGGAAAUCUGCCAAUUAUGUGGGGAUGAGCUGGUUCCUCCCUGAUCUGCCAGGAAUGCUGAUCAGAGUAAGAAUAUGGAAGCACGGCUCGUUGCUGUAUAAGAACUAAAUGAGGAGGAUAACUGGCCAGAGUCCCCCCUGAAUAACUAUAUAUAUAUAUAUAUAUAUAUAUAUAUAUAUAUAGUCAGACACAAUGUGCAUGCACGUAUACUAUAUAUAUAUAGCAUUUAUGUGGAAGAAGGAUGCAUGAAAGACUCGUGACGACCAUGCCAUACAAGAUUUGCUGGACUUUUUUGUUCCAUUUGAUUGCAGAUCAAGACUUUCUUAAUGGGGUGACCCAAAAGCAGAGCACUGAUACAAAUCCCGUCUGUUGUUUUCUUUAAUCUGCCCUUGGAUUCUCUCAGGUUCCAUCUCUACAGGGAUGACGACAUUCUCGGGACUCUGCAUGAGUGA